GGUAGGACCCCGGCACCGUAAACAAGCGGUCGGUCAGUCAAUUAAAAUCAUUUAAAUUCUCAAUUAAAAGUAGUUGAUAUCAACUAACUUGUUUUCGAGCGUGUCGUUAUGGCGGAGGACGAGAGCGAAUUGGAAAAGCGUGCUGUGGAGGAGCUACUUAGGGAGACUGACAGGGCUCGGCUGAGAGCCGAGACCAUGGGCCCAGCGGGAUGGUUGAAAUGUCCGUUGCGGGGCACCAACAAGCGCUUCCUGCUCAACACCUUGCGUUCCACGGGCCUGCGACCCGGUGAGCCCAAAGCCGGGCACUCGUUGCACCCCGUCAGGCGGGAGUCCCCGGCGGCGAGGAGCCGCAGCCGCUCGCCACCCGCCGGGCGGGACGGCGGGCGCUCGCGCAAGCGUCACCGCGGGAACACCUCCGGGAGCGACGCCAAGAGGCGGGACGGCGAACGGGAGAGGAGCCGCGGACGCAAGCGCGAGCGGGACGAGGCGGCGGAAGAAGACAGACGCACGUCCAAGGCGAGGACGGGGUCGGCUAAUUGAUGGAGCUCGCCGGGGUGGGUGAGCCGAAGCCUAUCGCGGCUGACUUUGGGCACGGUGCGGGGUUCACAUGCAGCCAUUUUCUUGUGAGGACGCCGACCGCCAUUUUGUGCUCACCGUGACGUCACAAAAACGCAGUGUUUGUCUUUUUUAUUUCAGAACGGCAGAUGGUUCGAAGUUCUUUUCCUGCUAUCUGACUUGUUUACACUUUUUAUCGUUUGACGCGGUCGCAUAAACGCGACGAUUUUACACCGUUUUACCCAUAAUCCCGAGCGGCACGCCCCACUUAAAGUCAUCCGCUUCAUAAAUCGCGUCAUCCGUGCGGAAGAUAUUCUCCAUUUUUUUUUUUUAACUGUUUCCUUCUUCCCCGAAAGGAUGCGCAAACAUAAACGGCAACUAUUGGCGUCCCAGCCGCUUCAACUCGCGCUUUUAUUGCGCAUUUGAGAGCCCCAUUAAGGUACCGGGGAUGUUUAUCGUCGCUCCUAAACCAAGCCGUGCGCUUGGUACAGAAAAGUUAUGAAAAUGUCCGCUGUUUUUAGGGACUGACGGGCAGCGUGAAGGGGGUGAACUUCUCUCAACAGACUCUCAGGUCGAGAGUGUCAAAUUCACAUUUGGGUUGCGACUACUACCCCGUCCCGGCUAGCUAAACUUUGACGCUAAAAGCCAACUUUGAUCGGGAAGAGGAAGGAGAAGUGGCAGUAAAACAGGCCAAAAUCAUGCUAGUGGUAUACUAGUGCUCGUUUCAGCAAAUGUGAGCGCGUACUUAUUCAGUGAGUCUAAAUUUGAGAAUGUGUGGGUGCUAAUUUCCACUUGUACGGCAUUUUGGAGAAUGUUCCGGAACCCGCAGUUUUUCCAUCUUGUGAGGUAGUAGUACCACAGCACCGGGAAGUGUCACCGCGUGAAAACGCACACAUUUGACUCACACACGUCGAGUCCGUAAUUGAGUUCCACCGUAAUCGUCGGAGCAGGAGAGCCUUUGCUUAAUGGGGCUUAACGCCCGGCGCACGCAGACGCCGGCUAAUGGCCGGCAAACACGACCCUUGUUUGCCGCUCCCGCAUCGCAGCCGCUAAGUGCUGUUAAAUGAGGCGACGGGCAUCGGCGGCACAGGUGCGCCGCGCGGGAGUAACAAUACGCCGCCGCGUCGUACGGAUCCUGGCAUUGGGGAGUGAGCAAAAUGUUUUUUGGAGAGGUUUUUUUUUUUUUGUUGACAACAAACUAGCGAGCUUGGAUUGUUUAACAGUUGGUUUUAUUUUGUUUUAUUUUUUGAGCUGCCAGUCGCAGCGGAGUGAAGUCCUCCCCUCGGUGAUUGUUGGUUUCUUGCUGGAAAAAAACACUUGUUGGUGUUUUUUUGUUUGUUUUUUGCGUGCUCCCCUUUUUCAUUGGGAGUGACCAACGUUUUUUUUGUUAAUAAAGGACUUUGUUGUGGACCGUU